CGAAAUUGGCUGACUAAUGCCAAACUUCGCCCGACGAGCGUUCUCAUUUUACGAUCGGCGCCCGCUGCGGGCCGUCCCCUCGGUCCGCGCGUGACGCGAGGUCCAAAUGUCGCCGUCUAAAGCUCUACGCGUGUCAUACACUGACCUCGGUCCCGCAUGCAGCUCCCUAUAAUUUUCUGCAUUACGUACCCGUAGACAUAAGAUGUGCGUCCUUAUUUGCCAGAUAAAAAGUAGAACGCCUUAAUUGUCUCUCAAGUCGGGCUGUACUUAAACGUAGAAGCCAGUGACGAUAGAAAAAGAUGGCAUUUCGUGACCUAGUGGAAGGCGACUGUGGAGGCGCCAGCUCGCUGGCACACCUUGCGUCACACUACGUGCAGGAUCAUGGCUUCAAAGAGGAAGGAAUUCGUCAGCCGUUCAGUCCGCCAGAGGCGUCCCAACCGCCGAACGCGGAUCAGAUGGUCCAGCAGUUCCUGGAGGAGCCUGCGUGUCCGCAGACGUUUCGGAUGGACGGUCUGCUGCAGGAGAUGAGGGAGAUCGACCAGAACGUUGCCUGCCCAAAGGGGUUGGCCCUGGCGCAAGGACUUAAGAAUGACAUCAACCAAAUUUUUGCAACCAAUUACAAAAAUAUACCACCCAACGCUCUAGAGGCAAUAGAUAAGGCUGUGGCGGAAGAAAUGCGGCACUGCGUAGAGGGAGACAUGAAGAAGAUUAGCGAAUUGGGUCUGAAUCCAAAAUGGGCAGAAGAUUUUCUAGAAUGUAAUACCGCGCAGGACGAUGCAAGAAGUGAGACCAUUCGAUGUGAGAAGGACGACCCAAACAUUGCAUAUUCAAAGUUUAUGAAAUUUAUGCACCAAGAAAGUGACGAUCCAGAGAGGCAAGUGGCGUUGAGUAAAAUGCCCCAGGAGUGGAUAGAACAAAUUCAUGAUGAUUUUUCCAAGGACGUACGGAGGUGUUUGUUAACGCACGAAGAGUGGGUAGAUCUAUAUAAUAGGGAAAUAAUAGAAGAUGUGAAGAAGGUGAAGAAAAGUUUGUUAAGGGACGAGGAGUGGGUAGUGCAUUUUAAUGCUGCGAUGGAGGAAGAUGAUCUGAAUGCACUCAGGCGCAGUCUCGUCAACGAUGACAAUGUGUUGAAUAAAGUAGAAGAGGAAUUAGAAGUUGCGGGUACUUGGGUAGACGAAUUUACAAAGAAAAAUCCGGUUGCGGAAGACAAUAUAGAAUCGUUAUGGAAACGAUUUCAAAACGAAUGGGACAAGGUCUCGGCAGACGGGCUCUCUUCUGCGCAUCCGUGGGUAUCAGAAUUCGACACGUAUUACGAUCCAUUUAAUAAGGAGUAUGAUUUUUCUGAGACGAAUCCUAUGAAGGAUUUACCAAAUGCGUUGGCAGAAGGCAAGAGGCGAUUAGAGGCUGGAGAUUUACCGAGCGCUGUACUCUGUUUUGAAGCUGCCGCCCAACAGGAUGAAAAUAGCAUUGAGGCUUGGCUACUCCUUGGCAAGACGCAAGCUGAAAACGAGCAGGAUCCUUUGGCCAUCUCUGCUUUAAAUCGUUGUCUCUGUUUGGAUCCAUCGAACAGCGUUGCUCUCAUGGCGCUAGCAGCUUCUUACGCGAACGAGUCCUAUCAAAAGCAAGCCUGUCUGACAUUGAAGGAGUGGUUGCUGAAAAAUGAAAAGUACAAACAUCUUGCAGGUCCAGAAUCCAAUCUUAAGAAAGAAGAACACCCGAACUUAAGCGUGUCUACUUUGUUGUAUGACAAAGUAUACGAUGAAGUCAAGGACCUGUAUAUUCAAGCCGCAAGAAUAAAUCCCACGGAUGAAAUUGACGCGGACGUACAGUGUGGACUAGGUAUAUUGUUUAAUUUAUCAAACGAUUACAACAAAGCUGUAGAUUGUUUCCAGGCAGCAUUGCACGUGCGCCCUGACGAUUCCAGAUUGUGGAAUAGGCUGGGUGCCACUUUAGCGAAUGGCCAACGAUCGGCGGAAGCUGUAAAUGCGUAUCAUCGUGCCUUAGAAUUGUCGCCUGGAUUCAUUAGAGCACGUUACAAUCUGGGCAUAUCUUGCGUCAAUCUUGGAGCGUAUAAAGAGGCAGGCGAGCAUCUAUUGACUGCAUUGAAUCAACAAGCUGCUGGGAGAGGUCCGGAGGCUAGCAGUGUACCUCCUAAAGCAAUGUCAAACACAAUAUGGUCUACGUUAAGAUUAGUUAUAUCCUUGAUGCAUAAAUACGAGUUGAUGGAAGCUAUAGAAAACAGAGAUUUGCCAAAACUGAACAAGGAAUUUGAAAUAAUGUAGAAGGGGCACAUGCAUUCGUACAACGAUUCCUUUUCAUGUGGACUAUUGUGGACAGAAAUAUAUUCGGAUUAGGUAAUCAAUAAAAAGUAAUAGAACAUUUUUUCCAAUACAUUCUAGCAUUUAGCAAAACUAAAUUCUGGAAUACUUCAGUCGACUAAAUGCGGAGAAUGUAUAUAUAGAUAGAUAGAUGACGUUCAAGAUGGUGUUAUACUUUUAUUGUACUGAUUCUUUAACUUUAAUAUUUCUGUAUAUAUAAGAAAUAUAAAUCUGGGACGACUAGCUCACUUAUUAUUAAUGCUACAUAUAACUUGCAACUUGUACAAUAUAUCAGUUUAACAAUACUUCAGGCAAUUUACAACAACUAUGUAAACUUGUCAAUUUCUUACAUUCCUAAUAAUAUUUUCGUGAAAAUAGAUAUAAAUAUGUUUAAAAUCUGUUGCGAAAUUGUUACGAUAUUACAUAAUUUAUUUCUAUUUGUUUGAAAAUAUUCUAAUUGUUGACAAAAUUUUGAUCCAGAUUUAUUAUCUUAAUUUAUAAAUUUAUUUUACCACAAAAUUGUUAUUGCCUAUUAAAACUUUAUGUUAAUACUAUUGUAACAUUAAUAAAAAUUUGAAAAU